UUCAACUAAAUCUUGACGUUUCUCUUGUAAGAAUAUUUCUUUUUAUUUUAGAAAGGAUUAGAACAUUGUUAUCGACAGAAUGGUACUUUUAGAGUAAUUCUUCGAUUGAUGUUACAAUUUAUCGAUGUGAAAUCAUUAUCAGGAAUAUUUGAUAAAAGUCAUGGAAUCACAAGAACAAUUAAAAAAAGAUCCGCCGGUUUUCGAGCGUAGUGUAAUGUUAACACGUUUCAAAUUGUCACAACAAAAACGACAAUUAAAAGAAAAAGACAACGGACCAUCAAUAACGCAGGCAAUAAAAAAAUCACCAAAAUCUUCGACAAAGAAGCAAAAACAAUCACCGAUAAAAAAUAAAGAGAAAUCACAAUUGAACGGUGAAAAAAAUGAAUUUUAUCCUAAUAAAUUGAAACGAAAUAAAAUAGUAAAUAAGAUAAUAUUGAAACCGAAGAAUGAUUUGAAAGUUAUCAAUUGGAAUGAUGUUAAAAGAAAAAAUUUGCAGAUGAAUAUAAAACCUCAAAAUAAAAAAAGAAAGAAAGGUCACAAACAAUCAACAUGUGAUACAAAUGAAGACAUAUCAAGUUCGGAGUAUUCUGAGCUCGACUUUGAUGAAGUGAUACGGAUGGCUGACCAGGAUCUGGAUGAUGAAGACUUGAUGGAGAUACUGACCUGUCCUAGUCCAGUCUGGUGGGAAGAGCCCCCUGAUGAAAAAUAUAUGGAAGGUCCAAUAGUAAUAAGAACAAACACAUUAGAGUCAAUGCCAGACCUUGCUUCAGAGUACAGAAGAAAACAAGCAAGAAAAAGAAAACCACAGAAGAUUAUAUUAGAAAAAGAAGAAUGUAAAACAAACAAAUCAAUAGAAAAUUCAUUACAAAAUGUUUCUGAAGAAAUUAAGAUAGAAAAAGAUGAGUCAGUAGAAGAUAAAUCAGAAGUUAUUGACAUAACUGGAGAUUCAACAUAUCUAGAUAUAUCUCUAUAUGAUAAUGACAUUUUAAAACAUUUGGAAAAUAUUAAAAUACCCAUAGAGGAUAUAGAGCAAAAAAUGAAAUAG